UAUAUCCUGAACAUAAAUGCAGACAUGCAGCGCUUCGGUGGACCUCUUUACCUAAUACUACUUAUUUUCACUGCAGCCACUGCCAACGACGAUGACGGGUGGUCCAUGAAGGUGCCCACAGAGGUCAAGGCGAUUGAAGGGUACCCGAUAGUGCUCCCCUGCUCUUUUACUCACCCUCACCACACGCAUCCCUUCUCCAUGCAUGUGGUGUGGACCCUCGGCCACGGACGGGCGGCCAGUGUGCUGUUCCACUGCAUGAGCCUCAACAACAGCCAGAAGUGCCAGUCAAAGCCCGACCAGGACCAGCGCUACCGCCUGGAGGGUAACCAUAGAGAACAUGACCUCUCUCUCAGGAUCAACAGCGUGACCUUGAAGGACAGUGGCCGAUAUUAUUGUCGUGUGGAGUUACCAGGAACCCACGGGCACCCUCACGAAAGAUUUAAGAACACACUGGGAACCCGUCUCCGUGUGGAGGCCGCACCUCAUAUCCUGAGCUUGUCGGCCGAGGGUACCGAAGCAUCUGGCAUCAAAGCCCUGUGUCACGUUCAGGGCUCCCCUCUUCCUGAUGUUCAGUGGAUAGCACCAGACGGAGUCUUCAAAGACGACACAACAUUCCCUCUUUCUCACGAGGCUGACGGGCGAUACCGCACAUCAAGUGAACUUCUGGAUGUCAAACCUGGGGGACAGUACACCUGCGCAGCUUCAAAUUCUUUGGGAAAGGAUCAAGCUACGCUUUACAUUUUGCAUCCUAUGCCAGAGAGGACAACCACAAACAACUCAUCUCUUCUAAUGUUGCUGCUCGCCCUGGCUUUGGGUAUGAAGCUAAUUCUAGCCCUGGGUGUGGGAGCGUGGGUGAUCAAGAAGAGUUUUAGGCACAGAAAUAAUGGCGUGUCUGACUGAAAAACAAGCUUGAAGUGCAUGCUCACAUAACAGUAUAUGCCCUUUAAACCUUCAAGGUCUUUUCCCAUGUCUCUUCUGAAAAAAACAUGUCCUAAAAAACUUCCUCUUUUGAGGUGAAGAGCAUAUGACUGUGACUUAUCUUUUGUUGUUUGGCUUGGACUCAACAAGAUUUAAAGAAUUAUUAAUAUUAUUCACCCAAAUGUAUCAAUUGUAUCACUCUUUACCAUGCAAUUACAAUGAAUUUUCACUACUCAAGUCGUGAUAUCCACCCUAAUUUAUGUGAGUUAAGAAUGUCAUGAGGAUGAGAAAAUAAUGACAGAAUUGAACUUAUUGGUGA